GGGUUUUGGGAAGGGACUGGACGACUGAGGCAGCCGUUCCGGGGAGCCGGCCGAGGACGUAGGGGUGGGCGGGCCAAGUCCUCAGGUUAUUUGGUGGAUCUCGCCUGCCUUUCUUCCUCCGGAGCCCGUUCCCUCCGCAUCCUGCUCUUCCCAUCAGCGCCCAGGUUUCCCGACAGCUUCCAGUUCCUCACCGCACUCACCACAGCCCUUGACCUCGUGCCCCUGCCCGCCCCCCAACUUUGGAGCUCAACCUCCAUUUCUCCUCCUUCCGUGCUUCGCUUCCUCCUUUCUCUUCCGUACCCUGCGCCCGGCUUCUCCUUGUCUUCCUUCCAUAAACCUGGAUCGCCAACAAGGUUGUCGUCCCCGUGCCUGCACCAUCCCCGCACCCAGACACAAAGAACCGCCCCCCCCCCAAGACCCUGCUACCACAAACACAGUCCACCAACACACUACGUGCACAAAAGCCGCCCGCUGCGGAGGCCGACAGCGUGUUGUGCCCCUGUGUCGUCAAAGGCCAGAAGCAAGCUGCAGGAAAGCAGAGUUGACGCCAAGAGAUACUACCAAAACGCCUUGCUGCUUUUGGCUGAAAAGGACCACAGGACGGAGAAAAGUUUUGAUAAAGCUUGUUUAAAGGUAGUUCAGUUUGGACUCUGGAGAAUCACCAGUACGGGAAACCGAUGUACCUCCACUUGAAUUAUUAGUUCCUAUGUUGACUAGUUGAGACAAAUAUAAGUAUGGCCUUCUACAGUUAUAGAACAGUCUUAGCUAUUGCCCGAACAAGAUUCCCUAGCUGUUUUGUGCAUCCUACGAGCUCUUCUUAUUACCCAUCAUUUGCAUUUCUUCACUUGCCAGAUUCCCAUUUAAAUAAAACAUACGCGAAGAACUGUGUAAGCAAGAAGUACUCCUAUCCCAAUCAGUCAGGCAAUAAAGUACUUCACUUAUGGACUAGAAUAAUACAGAAGUUACACACAUCAACUUGCUGGUUACAAGAGGUCCCUGGUAAACCUCAGCUGGAGCAAACCCCAAAAAAGCCCCAGGUGACAAGCCCUCAGCCCACAAAAGGAACUGGCACGAAGAUCAAGGAAGAAAAGCGAUCUUAUAGACAAAGAAUUAUGGAUGAACUUAAAUAUUAUUACAAUGGAUUCUACUUGCUAUGGAUUGACACCAAAGUUGCUGCCAGAAUGGUUUGGAGGCUGUUGCAUGGACAGGUGCUGACCAGGCGAGAGAGAAGAAGGCUCUUGAGGACUUGUGCUGAUUUCUUCCGCCUGGUUCCAUUUAUGGUGUUCAUAAUUGUACCCUUCAUGGAAUUCUUACUACCAGCAUUUCUGAAAUUCUUCCCAGAGAUGCUGCCAUCAACUUUUGAAAGUGAAUCCAAAAAGGAGGAAAAACAGAAAAAGAAAAUGGCUGCAAAGUUGGAACUAGCAAAAUUUCUUCAAGAAACGAUUACAGAAAUGGCAAGAAGGAACAGGGCCAAGCUGGGAGAUGCCUCCAUGCAGUUCUCAUCCUAUGUCAAACAGGUACAGACAGGCCACAAGCCCAGCACAAAGGAAAUAGUCCGCUUUUCCAAACUAUUUGAAGAUCAGCUAACCCUGGAGCACCUCGACCGACCUCAGCUGGUUGCCCUCUGCAAGCUUCUGGAGUUGCAGUCCUUUGGAACCAACAAUUUGCUCCGCUUUCAACUUCUGAUGAAACUCAAGUCUAUAAAAGCAGAUGAUGAAGUAAUUGCCAAAGAAGGGGUGAGUGCUUUGAGCGUGUCAGAACUCCAAGCUGCCUGCAGGGCUCGAGGGAUGAGAUCCCUGGGUCUCACUGAGGAACAACUGAGACAGCAGCUCACAGAGUGGCAGGACCUCCACCUGAAGGAGAACGUCCCUCCUUCUCUGUUGCUUCUGUCGAGAACCUUCUACCUGAUCGAUAUGAAGCCAAAGCCGAUUGAGAUACCACUAAGCGGGGAGGCUCCAAAAACAGAUGUUCCUGCGGAAUCACCGAGUUCUCCUGAAUCUAAAGAGACGCUGGUGGAUUUGGCACCUCCACUGAAGGGAACUAAGGAUGAAGAACUUAUACAGCUGCCGCCGGUUCCAUCAUCCCCCAUAACACCGUCCACACCUAUCCCGUUACCUAAAGGACCCAUCACUGCUGCUAAAGAAGCUGGUGAAGAAGAGAGCCAGCCAACACACAGACACCCGGGUCCUUGCUUGCUGGUGUUUUUAAUUUUUAUUAUCGAGACACUCCAGGCCAAAUCACAAGAGACAACGCAGAACAGCAAGGCGAAUUCAAAGGGAGCAUAAGGACUACCCGAGGACGAAGCUCACUGUCGUCAGCUUCCUGCCCGCAGCGGUGGCAUCCAGGAGCGCCCAGCUAAGUCGAUCUGUGUCUGGUUUAAGCGGAGGAUCGGCCAUGUCGUCCGUGGGGCAGUCCUUUGAGGCCUUGUAACCAUUCCAGAUGAUGUCAGCAGCAAGACCAAGCUGAGACCAUUUAGAAAUAUAAUUGCAAAGCCAACUUCCUCUGUACCAUGACAUCAUCCCACUAAACUGUGUGUAAAGCCCCCUCCCCAUGUUAUUUUUGAACAGCUUCAUAUUCGUUCGUGUGCAUGUCCUUUAAGGGAGGAAAUUUUUUUGCAUAAUGGAAUCAGCUUGGCACCUUAGAUUCCUUGAGUAAGAACUUGGAAACUCUGAAAGCACUGU